CUGCUGAAGGAAUGUCCAUCUGUGAGACAUUCACAACUCUCAGCUUCAUUGAAAAGAUUCCUCCAAGCUAUGCCGAUUUCAAGAACUACUUGAAGCACAAGAAGAAGAAGAUGGGGCUCGAGGAGCUCAUCAUGAGGCUUCAGAUGGAAUCCAGAAACCGAAUUGCUGACAAGGUCGCUGCUAAGGAGCACAGUGUCAACAUGGCUGAGCACAAAGGCAAAGGAAAGGCACACGCCCAUUCUCCUGCCAAGCCUUCCAAAACUGCUGCAGCCCUGAAGGCUUCUGGAAAAAAUUUCAAGAACAAAGGCAUUGAAAUCGAUGCGAAUGCGAUUAUGGAGAAGUUCAGGGGAAAAUUUCACUACUGCCGCAAAGUGGGGCACAAGACUGUUGAGUGUCGCAAAAAGAUCAAGGAUGAGAAGGCUCAGGCAAAUCUCACUGGGGAGGAUCUCGUUGCUGUGGUGACUGAAGCCAACAUGGUUAAAAGCAACAACCCCAAGGAAUGGUGGUAUGACACUGGUGCAACCACCCACAUUUGCACCGAUAGGGCGAUGUUCAGCACCUAUGAGAAAAGCAAGACUCAGGAGAAGUUUAAAAUGGGAAACACUGCAGUCUCCAAGAUUGAAGAACGCGGCAAUGUGAUGUUGAAGAUGACAUCUGGACGUGAGAUCCGUCGCACUAACGGAGCGAAUAUUAAGAGUUAA